GCCGGUUCGUUCAGUAUCUCAGAAACUGUUCAGUAAACGGUAUAUUAAACCGUAGUUUGUGAGAACAAACUGGGAAAAUGAAAUCGUUUGUUCUAUUGUGUUUAAUUCUGUUAAUAUGUGGUAAACUAUCAGAAGCUGGCAAGGGUAAUAAGAAAGUGUCGACUUCAAAAAACACCACCAGUGUAUCGACUAGUAGUCAAGUGACGACCACAACAAGCCGGCCACUAUUACCAGGACUAAGAUUACCUUGUUCGUGUGUUGAAGGACAAUGUGGAUGUUGUACGGGUGUCUUAUUAGACCAAUUUAAUCAAAAGGCUUGUCUGAACGUGUCAUACGAGCCUGAUGACUUUUCUCUCACAGCUAUGAUGUCUAUGAACGGACGUGUGCUUUAUAAGAGAACUGUUUCCGGUAAAAACCCUCCUCCGAUGUGCAUUCGACUUCCCCGUUUCCAGUUCAUCCGAUUCUGCGUCGAGUUUUCAAAUAUCUAUUUCGCAAGUCGUAAUAUUCACUUGUGUAUUGAUAUGGAGGCAAACUGGGAAGAUCUAACUUUAGUUGAAUGGUCAUUUGACUGUAUUCGGAUGGGGGCUUCAGGAGUGGCAGUUGUUGGACCGGAGGAGGGAGGAGGGCUUCCUGCAAACCCCGUGGAUGUCGUCGAUCAAACCAACGAAGAUUACGACGACAGCGCUAGGAACGUGCCCCCAAACCACCGAAACGACAUAAGAAACCUCACACACUGCAACACACUCGUUCUUGAUGAAAGUCUAAAACGUGCAGGACCCAACGCCAAUAAGCAACUAAUUAAAAUAAAGAACUUGCCCAAUGGAAAUGUUGUAGUGGCUUACGGCUGA